AUGAGAAGUGUCACAGUAAAGACAAGCACAGAAGAUAACAAACUUGGAUUUGGAAGAACAAAUAACACGACUGAAGGACUCUGUGACAUUGGCAGUGAAGGAAGCAAAACAUAUACAUGUAAAUCAAGUGAAUGGAAACUAACGCAGGACAACUGUGUACUCAAAGUGAUCAAAGAUCUUGAGAGCAAAGCUCAGGUCUUGGUUGUAGGUGACAUCCCAGAGUUCAUGGCAAACCUCAGUAUCGCUGCGGAGCAGAAUAAUGCUAAUAUAACACAGUCUGCUGCGACUGUCCAAUCAAUUGUUGACAUACUUUUCAAAAUUGCUGAUUUGUCAAAAAGCAUUACCAUCAAUAAACCUGUAAUGGAGAAUUUCCUAAAAACAGUAGACAUCAUUGUGUCAGAUAAUUCCAGCAAUACUUGGAAAAAUUUGAACAAUAGAACCACGACAGGAAACACCAGCAGCGUUAAACUUCUGCAAGCUAUUGAGAAUAUAAGUGAUCGACUGUCAGCUGUAAAUUUUACAUUAACUCAAUCCUCCAUUCAGUUGAAUAGAAUUCAAAUUCAGAACUCAUUCAAUGCAAUUUCCCAACUGCUCAACUCAACUACACAGAUUGUGAUACCAAACGUUCCUGAAUCAACCUAUAUAACUCUUAUUGUCUUCACAAAACUUGACAACGUUUUACCAACUCGUAAUACUUCUAAUAAGGACAGCAGGACAUCAGAAAACAGCAUCAACGGAGACGUGGUUGUUGUUAAGGUUGAUAAAACAAUUAGCAACAUUUCAUUUACUUUCGACAUUACAGAUACAACAUUAAAAAAUCCUCAGUGUGUCUUUUGGAACUUUUCUUUGGACCGAUGGGAUUCCAAUGGAUGUAAAGUCAAGCGCUCAUGGAAUGAAGCAAUUACAUGUGAAUGCGACCACACAACCUCUUUUUCAAUCCUGAUGUCACCGUUUGCAAUUGAUAACCCAGCCUUAGACUAUAUAACAUACAUUGGUGUAGCUAUUUCAAUAGCCAGCUUGAUUCUGUGUCUCAUUAUUGAGAUGAUCGUAUGGAAGUCAAUACAAAGAAAUGCCACAUCAAUACAAAGAAAUGACACAUUGUACAUGCGUCACGUCUCAAUAGUCAACAUCGCUGUGUCUUUGCUGAUCGCAAACAUCUGUUUUAUCUGUGGAGCUGCAAUUCCAGAACAUGAGCAGUCCAGUCGUUGCAGUCCAGUGGUUUUCUUCAUGCAUUUUUUUUACUUGGCUGUUUUUUUCUGGAUGUUCAUUUUAGCACUUUUGCUGCUUUACCGUAUUGUCAUAGUUUUGUCUCAAUUGUCAAGGGCUAAAAUGAUGGGCAUUGCGUUCACUGUUGGUUAUUGUGCACCUUUGCUCAUAGCGGUUAUUACUGUCGCAUCCACAGCUGGAGCUGGUAGAUAUAUUUGGAUGAGAGAUGCAUGUUGGCUGAACUGGUUUGAAUCGAAGGCACUGCUGGCAUUUGUGAUUCCAGUUCUGACUAUCAUUGCCUUUAACCUCCUGGUUUUGAUUGUGGUUGUGUAUACACUAUUAAGAAGAGGAGUUGGUUCUCAACCAGAAAUGAAACAAACUGUUGUGGUCAUUGCCCGAUGUGUGGCCAUUCUGACUCCUAUCUUUGGUCUAACAUGGGGAUUUGGCAUUGGAACCAUGUUGUCACCUAACUUUGGCAUUCAUGUGGUGUUUGCAAUACUCAAUUCACUGCAGGGGUUCUUUGUUUUGGUGUUUGGAACGCUUUUAGACAAAACGGUCCGUGAGUCACUAUCAGGAAAGCUGUCAUUAAAGAAUAACAGUUCGACUCGUACCAUGAGUUGCUCUCAGUUUGAUUCUGAACUACUCUUGAGCUAA